AUGAAAGCUCUAAGAGCAUGCCGUCAAUGUCGCCAGUCCAAGCGCAAAUGCGCUCGAAAAGACCCCGGCGAAGGGUGUGAGCCAUGCCGCAAGCGAUGUCUUCAGUGCAGCGCUGCCACUUCAACCCCAGCGCAGAUCUUCGAGCCUCAGCCGGAGGCUACCAAAGUGCAAAGCACACAAGACCCGCCCAAUGCGAUCAUAUCAGAAGAUGCAGUCCGAGAACUCGUUGAACACUAUCUCACCAGAAUCCACGGCGGAUGCCAUAGCAUUUUCCACCCAGCGACCCUUCGAGCCCAAGUUUCCAGUAAGACAUUGAAUCCAUUGUUGCUACAUGCAAUAUGCGCAAUAGGCUCCAAAUUCUCCAGUCAGGCGGUGCUCCGAGAAAAGGAGGGGCAGCUGGCGGCAGAGGCGAAGCGCUUACUGCACGCGGACCUGGAGAAUAUUUGCAUAGAGAACGUGCAAACUUGUAUCCUUCUGGCGAUGUUGAGCUCUGGAAACUGCCAGCCUUCAUCUGAGGCCCUGUAUGUUGGCAUCGCUAUCAGCAUGAUCGGAAAACUAAAGAUUGAGCCGUCACGUUGCUUUGCUCUGAUCCAGGAUCUCAACCGUCGGAUCGCCAAAGGGCAACUUGCUGCACCCGAAAUCGAACUGCGUGUAGCAGAGCUCGAAGGUCAAUUAGAAUCCUGGCAGAUUAGCCUCCCUUACGAACUAAGAAUGAAUUUGGAGAAUCUUGGCGUCCAUCUACAAAAGAAUGUGGUCAGGCAGUUUCUCGCCUUGCAUCUGACAUACCAUCACUUCUCUACACUUCUGUACUUUCAUUUCCUCGAGGGCUAUCACGUGGGCACCAUUCUUGCGCUGCAAAAGAAUUACAUCAAGCAGUGCAAGCAACAUGCAUCGUCAUUCAGCAACCUUCUCCGCCUCUCUCGCCAGAUGAGCGGCUCCGCAGUCGAGUACCCGACCAUUGGGCACAUGACUGCCGUAUCGUCGUCGGUACUCGUCCAUACUCUUCUCUUUGGUGACCUCCAAGAACUACCAGACGCGCGUGAGAAGUUGGAUUCAGACUUUGACUCAUUGAUGCAACUUCGGCGGUAUUGGCCAGCGACCGAUGUAAUGUUCUUUCAAAGUAUCUGUCUGUUUACUCUGGAGUCUUACAAGCUCGAUGGUUGGAUGGUGAGGUUUCUGCUGGAACAUUCUCGCGCGCUCGAGCGGAGGGAGUUGAAGGUUGUGCCCCCCGAUUUGCGUCUAGAUGGUUCGAACAUGUCGCCACGGACCGAGGAGCUGACGAAAGCGGGAAGGUAUACAGACUUUUCGUCACUGCGUAAGACCUGA